AUUGAUGAUGUUGAUGAAGUGUCGUCGAUACAGAAUGCAGCAGCAGCAGGAACAACGAGUGGUUCAUCGCGAAUGAUCGAUCGAGAAGAGGACGAAGAAUACGGCGAUGAGAAUCAGAAGGCAUCGUCCAGCUCGACGUCUGAUCACGGCAUAACAACUUCACAGUCUGCGAUUGACAUCACCGAGAAAUUCGUAUUUGAAAGACUGACACCUCGCGUUGUUACCAAUCUUGUGCUCAUUUCGUUGGUAACGCUACCGGAUGAGAUGCCGGCCGCCUUUCAGGCAUCUUAUACGCCAAUUGCGGCAGCAGGAACUGAAAGUCAAAUUCGACAUCUGUCGAGAAUGAUCGCAACACAAUUGACGAGUCUCGAGUUGGGGCCGGGAGUGGAGAUGAUGAGGAAUGAAAAGAGAAAACAAUUCAUUGCUCGUCAAACAGCGCGAAUGGAAGGCGCAAUAAUACCACCAACUCCACUGCAUGAACUCGGUGUUGCAGCAAAACAAGUUCAUCGAACCGAACCAUCAUCUUCACAGUUUGCACAACCAGUGAUACCGUCAACGAAGCAAAAAUCAAAAGUGCAAUUUGGUUUGUUAUCGGUUACAAAAGAGUUGAGCCGUGGAGAGGCUCAAAAACUUAUUCUACUCGCAUUCCAGCGUGUUCUCUCCAAUGAAAAACGCGCAAUCCAAGGAGGUGCUGGUGUUGCACAGCAGAAAUUGUUGGUGAGAUUAGUGACGCGUUUCGAGCAUGAUUCAGAGGAUGAGUUCAAUGAAAUGUUGAUGGCUUUUAUCGUUGCCGAGCAGAAGUCACGUACUGAGUUGGCGUUGAUGUGGAUCGCGGAGCUGUAUGCGCAGUUUCAAGGGUACUCACUGUGUCAUCGAUCAGAAAUUACGAACAUAAGUGCGUCGGAAACGCGACGAUAUGAACGGUACGAUUCGGUUUUAUGUACUCUCCUCAAAACACUGUUUGAAAGAGGAGAGCAUAAAGAGACUUUAUUCCACAAAAUCCUUCUGGAAGCACCCCUUCUGACAACGCAGUCGUUGAGAUGGCUACAGGCCGCAUGUCUUGAUACGGUAUUUGGUGCAUUUGGAAUGACCACUCUGCGUGAGCUGAUUCUAACUCGUGCACGACAACGCAACGAAUUGUUGUGUCUUCUGCUCGAAUUCUCUUAUAGUGAACGGAAUGAUGUUCGAACGCAAAGCGUUGAAACUGCGAAAGAACUCUAUCAAAUUCCAUACGUGAAGAAUGAUGUUCGUGAAUAUUUGCUGUGCACGAUAGAGUAUCUUCUUCGUCCUUCACCCCCUCCGCAAAUCUGCGCGAAUCUCGAAGAAGGCGUUCAACCGCGGUGGGACGAUACAACAAUUCGAUCAGCCCUGCAUCUGUUUCUUUCCAUUCUGCCAAUCGAUCAUUCGCUCAUACAUACUCUAGCGGCAGUUUACGCGAAGUCAUCAAAUGAUAUCAAGCGGGUAACACUACGUGCGAUCGAGAGUGCAAUAAAGGGAAUGGGUAGUUCGAGUGAGCAUUUGCUGAAGAUGAUCGAAGAAUGUCCUGAUGGUGCUGGUACACUUGUCGCUAGGAUUGUUCAUCUGCUCACUGAACGAAAUCCUCCAACUCAAGAACUUGUGGCUCGCGUAUGUGCACUCUAUGAGCAAGGACGAGCAGAUGUUCGUUUAUUAAUACCCGUUUUGAAUGGGUUGGAUAAGGACUACAUUCUACGAAUAUUACCGAAAUUUGUACUCAAUCCGAUCAAUCAAAAAUCCGUUCAAACGUUAUACGCUAAAAUAUUGCUCAGUAAAAGUAUCAAAACAUGUCAGCACCCGAUGAGCGCGAGUGAAUUGUUGAUAGCAGUACAUCGAAUCAACGCGCAGACACCUGAGGAAUCUGUUCUGCUCAUGCAAAAUAUUGAUUCAUUGCUGUCUCAGCUGAUGGCAGCCAAAGACUCGAUAGCAUCAGCGAUCGACGUUCUGUUGGACGAUGAGAUGUUUCCAACAAAUAUACUGCACACAAUCUCACGUGCUCACGAGGCAUAUCCCGCACUGAACGCCUUCAUCGCGAAUGUCAUUCUCAAGAUCAUUCAGAAAAGACCGUGGGGCAAAGAUUCAUCAGUAUGGCCACAGUUCGUACAGUGUGCUAUUGCCACAGCACCACACUCCUAUAUUGCCUUAUUAACAGCCCUGUCGCAAGAUGAUUUCCUAAGUUUCAUGCAAGAGGCAGGUGAUGAGAGUCAACGAUUAAUGAAAGCGUUGAAAGAUUAUAUACCAACCCUAUCGGCACAUCAACAAAAGAAAAUUGAUCGUGGUAUUAGGAGUAUCAUCACAACAAAUGACUUCAAUCUUGUGAAUAAGAUGUUGACGUUGUUCGAUGAAUACAAGUAUUAUUUGAUCUCGGGUCGAAUCGGAUCACAAACACUUUAG